AUCGGUUGUACAUGUAAACAGCGUGAAAUGAAAGCUCGAUUUUUAUACCACAGAAUUUUCAAACAUUUUUACAUGAAUUACUUUCAAAAGGAAAAAUAUUUUAUACUGGAAAUCACGAGAACAUCAGGUAGAGUGAUUUUAAAAAUGUGUUCAAUUUCUUUAGCAAUAUAAUAAUUUUCAAAUAUAAACUAGGUAGCUUUAGUCGAUUUAUUUUGAAAUGUAUACAAAUUUAAUUUUUUUAACCAUAUAGUAUCAAUCCAUCGUCAAAAAACGAAAAGCUUUUGUUUUUGAAAUAGAAUUUUAGGGUAGACAAAAUGAUCACACAAAUAUUUAUCGGAUUGAUAAUAUUACUCAGUGUCUUAUGGCAUAUUACCAUAAAGAGGAGAAAGAUUAGGAUAGAAACUUUAAUCAACAAGUUUCCAGGUCCACGAGCCUAUCCUAUAAUCGGAAAUCUACCAACAUUUUUAGGAAGUGCAACAGAUGUUCUACGAAAAGGACGAAGAAUCUUCAAGCACGACAGCCCUGCGAGGAUUUGGUUAAUGCACAAGCCAGUUAUUUUCAUUUUUGAUCCUGAAAAUUUUCAAACUGUCAGCAAUAUAGCGUUACAUAAAGGAGAAGGAUAUGCAUUUUUCAAAGAUUUCUUAGGAGAAGGACUAAUUACCGCAAAUGGGGGAAAAUGGAAGAAAAAUCGAAGACUUUUGAAUCCAGCGUUCAACCCCCAUCUCCUUCAUAAAUACUUUUUGGAUACGUUUCACGAUGAGAAUGAUAGAUUAAUUAAAGCACUGCAGAAAUACGCCGGGAAAGAAAUACAAUUUGAUUUAUGGCCUUAUGUGAUCCACAGCGCUAUAAAUACAGUCAGUUUAUCUGCCAUGAAUUAUCGAGAUGAAUUGGAGAACAAUGCGUUCAAAUAUGGGGAAUCCAUACUGAAAGCUUCUAUUUUGGUUAGCCAAAGAGUAUACAAACCUUGGCUACAUUCUGAAUUGAUUUACAACAUAUAUAAACGUUUCAAAGGAUACCACAAAGUUUUAGAUCACAUUCACGCAUUACCUAAGACGAUUAUAGAAAAAAAGAGGAAAGAUUUUGAAAAUGUUCAAAAAUCAGGUCACGAAGUCAAGUUGAACGGAACAGAAAAUACAGCCGGAAAACGAGCCCAAACGUUCAUUGACAUUUUAUUGGGUAGUUCUGAAUCGAAAAAUCAUUUCUCCGAUGAUCAACUAGCUGAUGAAAUUGUCACAGUUAUCAUGGCGGGAAGCGAAACAACUGCCAUAACCGUGUGUUUUACAUUAUUAAUGUUGGCAGUAAAUCAACAUUACCAGGAUCAAGUUUACGAGGAAAUACAAACCGUUUUAGGAAAUUAUUCGAGAAAGGUAGAAAACCAUCAUUUGAACCAGUUGACAUUUCUGGAACAAUGUAUCAAAGAAACAAUGAGACUUUUUUCGGCAGUUCCUUUCAUAUUCAGACAUAUCACCGAAGAUAUUCAGCUAAAAGAUGGUAGAAUUAUACCGGCUGGAGUUACAGUAUGUUUAGCAAUAGCAAUGUUGCAUAAUAAUCCUAAAGUAUAUCCAAAUCCAAUGACGUGGAAUCCGAAUAACUUUACCGCUGAAGCGAUGGCCAGCAGACAUCAGUGCAGCUUUGUACCAUUUAGUAGCGGUCCUCGAUCUUGUAUAGGAGCUAAGUACGCUAUGUUAUCCAUGAAAGUUAUGCUUGUGACUAUUCUGCGGCGGUUCAAAUUUUACACCGAUACGACAAUGAAGGAAUUUAAAAUGAGUUUUGAUAUGAUGUUGCGAAACACGAGAGGAUAUCCUGUUCGUCUGGAGGAAAGAUGAAUAUAUCUGAAUGGAAUCUAUUUGUGCAUAACUGCAUAUAGAAAAUGUUUCCAGAUGUUUUAUCGAUAAUUCAAUGUACGUGUGUUCUGUGUACUUUCGUAUUACCUUACCUAUCGAGCGAAUAAUUGGCAAUUUCGUCGAUGAUAAUAAUUAUGUUUACUGGAAGUACUUAACUUAUACCUACUUACUGUUUCAAUUUAAAGAAACCAUUGACCGCUAGACCAGAAUAUUUUUCACUUCACAUCUUGUUCGUUCUUCAAUAUCGAUUAUGAUUUUGAGGAAAUACAAAAUAAUACUCACUUGCAUAACAACAUCAAACGCAAACAUUUUCGAAUGAAUCUUUGUAUUGUUCUUCGUCAACAGUCAUCUAACGCUGAUAAAUUGAUAAAAGAUAAGCUGCUUUUCUAAUUAAAAUUUCUAAUUGAAAUUUGCAAACAACUAAUACGAGUACAUAAGAAUAAAAGAAACCCGCCAAAACCCUGGAGCGGAGCUGUAAACUCAAAACAACUGUAAAAUUUGAUAAAUCGAUUUUUUUCCGCUAAAUCAGUAAAAAAAAAGUAAAAUCAGUCAGCCGGAUGGAUCAACCGCGCGCAUGCGCACAACAUCGUCUACCCUCCUGACCAUCUGGCUCACAUUCUUAUCAUCUUCUUAUCAGCUUGAAUAAAUUUACGAAAUUUUUCGGUGUUUUGUUUGUCGCCUGUCGCGUGUGCCCUCAAAUUGAAAUUUUAUAUUUGAUUGUGAUUUCUUAUAAGUAUGUUAUAUUGUUAAAUGCUAAAUUGUUAAUUUGUGUGCAUUUUUAAAGAUCUCGUAGUGUUUUGA